GUCUGCUGUUUUCCGACAGCUGCGCGUCGAGCCGAGCCAGGCACAGCUGCGAGCGAGACGGGACCCAGAGUGCCAGCCGAGUGCCAGCCGAGUGCCAGCCGCCCAGUGCAGGUCAACUUUUCCUGCACCAACAGUGCGUCAAGUGGACCACAGCCCACAUCUGUGAAGCCACACGGUGCAUGGUCGGGCGCUCCCAGGAUUCUCAUCCAGAUGUAAUGCCCAAGUGAAGUGAGUUGAUCGAGUGGUCGAACAGCGUCGACAUGUGGAGCCGCCUGGUGGCCCUCGCCGCCACUCUGGCCGCGGCCUGCUCGACCCUGCCAGACCUGGAGUGCCCCGCGGAGUGCGAGUGCCACUUCUUCCGCGUGAACUGGGUGACGGACUGCUCUGACAGCAACCUGACCGCCGUGCCGCGCGCGGGACUCAGCCUCGACGUGUACAUCCUGAACAUGAACUCCAACAACGUGACUCGCCUCCAGCCCUUCCCCGAGGACAUCAAGCUGCGCAGCCUCAAGAUGGCCGACAACCAGCUGCGCCGCCUCGCGAGGGACUCCUUCCGAGGACUGCACUUCCUGCUGGACGCUGACUUCUCCGGCAACCGCAUCCAGCACGUGGACCCCGACGCCUUCAAAGACAUCGCUGGUCUGAUCACGCUGGAACUGCAGAACAACCCUUUGAGCCACGUGGAAGGCCCGUUUCUGAUCAGCAGAUCCCUCCUCUAUCUGGACCUGAGCUAUUGCCAGCUGGGAAACUUGUCGCAAGAUUUCUUUUCUUACUCCACUGCGCUUAAUAAACUAGAUCUGUCGGGGAACCCAAUAGAAUCGCUCGUGUCUGGCGUUUUUGAUCCUCUCUACAGCUUAGAGUAUUUACAACUUAAUGAGUGCAAUAUCACUCACAUAGACGACAAAGCCUUUAUGAACAUGACUAAUUUAAAAACUCUAGAGCUGUCUGGUAACUAUUUGACAGACGUAAACUGGAAGGAAGUACUUGGUAGUCUCGCUCGCUUGGAGACAUUGAAUUUAAGAAAUUCGCACGUUAAUAUAUUGCCUGAAAGUCUGUUCGAGAAUAAUACAUACUUGACAACCCUCAUAUUAUCUGAAAAUGAGUUGAAAGACAUAGAUAUCUCUGAUACCUUAGGAAACAACUUGAGGUACCUUGAAACAUUGGACCUUUCCAAUUGUCGCUUAAGAGGACCACUGUCAGAAAACGCAUUCGGGAACGCAACACGCCUCCGUAACUUGGUUUUGACAGGUAAUUGUUUGUCGGCGUCCGAUCUGGCAGUAGCUUUAAGCCCACUUACUCGCCUUCACAAACUGUCUUUGAGAAACUGUUGCCUAACUCGUUUGCCAUCCGAUACAUUUCACAGAUUCCAACAUUUAGAACAACUAGACAUUUCCCACAAUCCCUUGAACGACGCUUUCACAGGACUGCUGAAUCCUUUAACUGCUCUGGAAUAUUUGGACAUGGGUUUCAGCAAUCUGACGUACGUGGCCAAGAAUACUUUUUCUAAAAUGACGCAUCUGAAGCACUUGAUACUCUCGGGCAACCAACUGGUGGAGCUGGAGUCGGGACUGUUCCAAAACCUGACCCGCCUGGAGGUGCUGGAGCUGAACGACUGCGGCCUGUCCCGCGCGCCUGACGCCGCGGUGUUCGUGGAGAACAGGACCUACACGGACCUGCAGGAGCUGCGCCUGGCCGGCAACCCGCUGCAGGUGGCUCAGCACGAAGCUCUGCUGCCCGCUCAGCUGGCGCGGCUCAGGACCCUCGACAUGAGCCACUGCCGGCUCAGGCGGCUGCCGGAGCUGGCCUUCAACUGGACCAGGAGCAUCACGACCCUGCGCCUGGCGGGCAACCCCCUGGGCUCAGACGCCGACCAAGAGAACCCCUUCUCGUUCCUGCAGAUCCUGCCCCGCCUGGAGAGUCUGGACGUGAGCCACUGCAACUUCUCGCGGCUGAGCCCGCGGCAGCUGCACAGCAACGAGCACCUGCAGGAGCUGCGGCUGGUGGGCAACCCGUGGCGGUGCGACUGCCACGUGGUGGACAUGUGGCGCUGGGCACUCGGCCGGGGAGACCUGGGGCUGCUGGUGGGGGCGACGCCUCUGCCCCAGGACAAGCGCAGGAGGGCGCUGCAGUGCGCGGCGCCAGACGGCGGUCUCCGCACCUGGGCGCGCCAUGCCAGGGAGGCACACUGCGCGCCCGCGGGUCCGCUGCUCUACCGCAUGGGCGAGACGCCGCCCAACUGGGUCACGGCGCUGUCCUGCGUGGCCGUGGUGGUGCUCAUGAGCACUGUCAUCGGCACUGGCCUGGCGCUGCUCUGCAGGCGGGUGCGCGCUGAGCAGCGCCAGAGCGCGUCUCGAGCGGCGAGCGCCGAAGCUCAGAAACACCUCACCGACAUUGAGCUGUUGGAACAGUACGUGCAGCGGCACAGGCUCCAAAAUGAGCAGCCUCAAAUGCAGUGCUCCCAGAUCUUCAACCACUAAAUCCAUUUAUAUGUUAAAUUUAUUAAGUUUCCUAUUACUCAAAUAAUUAUAUGCUAAAAUGUUUUUACGAUGAAUUUAAUUCAACAUCUAAACGUUAAUCAGAAGAAUAAAAAGGAACCAAUGCUUUUAUUAUGCACUCUAAAAUCUCUUACAUUUAAAAAACAGGAUUUCUUCUUAAACAUGGUUGUAUUUGAAACAUAUAUUUGUUAAAUGUAUAUAAAACACUGCAAUUUUAUUUAUCCUUGGAUUUACUUAGGUGGUUACAAUAAAUAUUUGUUCUAGCCACAAGAAAAUAUAUUUUCAAAUCACUCCACAGUAAAUUUCACCAAGAUGUUAUUAAUAAAUAAUUUUGAAAAAUAAAUCUACAACCACGGUUAUUUUAUUAGUAUACAUAAGCAAUAUGUUUACUAACCCAUUGUAUGUUGUAGGUAAUAUUUUAUUAUAUGUAUUUAAAAUUUUGUAUACAGUAAUUUUUCCAACAAUUAAAAAUCUAAAUGGUCACAUCAAAAAUUAAAAAUAUUAAAAUUAUUUUUUUGUAGUUAUAUAAAAACAUGUUUUUUUAUUUAGUCAAUCAGUACCUCGUAUUUCUUGAAACAUUCAUAAAAUUAUUUUUCAUAUUCUAAAAUGUUGUUAAUAUAUAACUUUUUUGAUUGAAUCCUAUUAAGAGAAAACAUCAUAGAAUUUCUUUUCAAAUGUGAAUACAUUUCUCAAAAGAUCAGUUUAGUAAUUUCUACUAAUGUCUUAUUUCUUCAUGUGUAUGUUAAAUGUAAGCGUUUACCAGCCUGUAUUUUUAGUUAUUGCCUGUAAUAAAGCCAUUAUUACCGAUAAUAACAUAGAGUUUUUUUUAAAGAAAAGAUUAAAACUGUUUUUUCCCCAAGAAUAUGAUUUGUCUUAAAAUAAAUAAAACUGAAAAACUAUUUUUAAAAACAAAAUUUAAAGUGGAUGCAUUAACAUUCUAUGUUUCUAGCCUUUAUGCAAAAGAUUCAAAAAAUUUUUGAGCAGUUGGCCUUUAUCUUUUUAGUAUAAAUACCACAAGCGGGCCAACAUGAUCGUAUUUCCUACCAUAUUAAGACCGACCACUAUAAUACCUCGACACCUGAGGGUAAAAGGAACCUACAAUGGGCAAGCCAAUCAACUUACUGCCAACACAAAGUUUUACACAAACGUGGAAAUGACUAAAUCCGUAUGCUGUUACAUUAUCGUGUCUCAACUAAAUAUAUAAACUGUUAAUACAUCUUGAGGUGUAUUUCGACGUGUCUGUUUCUGAGUAGAGCCAGUAUUCAUUUCCAAACUGUGUAAGGUCUCUCUAUCUCUCCCCCCCCCCCCCCCCUUCCACACUUUUCCCAAAAGUUUGUGAAUUGGUGGUGGUUCUUUCGCAUGGAAAAUCAAGAAACCACAAACAAUAUGUUAGAAUAAAAAAUAAGUGGUUAAACCAUUCUGUAUUUCUAUUAAUUUGCUCAUCAUAACAAACAUAUGCUUGAUUAUUUUUUAUACAUAUGUCAUUACUGGUUACAUGCAUGGCAUGGGUAAACUUCAAUAACGGACAAAAAAAUAUGAAUAAAUAAAUAAACAUAAAACCAGCCAAGCAUAGACAGCACAUAGAAUCUCGUGGAAGAAAUCAGCCAGAACAAUACCACAGCUCACACGAACACAGUACACCUUUGUUUGCGUAGUCAUAUUUUUUUGUCCGUAUUUGAGGUUUCUCUAUGACAAAAAAAUUUUAAAUCAAUAUAUCCCCUUGCAAGAUCAAUACUCUUGUCUAAAACUUUAACCUAGCCUAUAGAUUCCCUUUAAAUUGUCUCAGUGAUAAACUCUGAAAUUAUAAAGAUGAUAGCAUCUGCACAUUCACACUUGUGUCAAUGCUUUCUUGUAUCAGGCAAGGUUGCCUCGUUUGUUUCCACCCCGAUGCUGCUUUUUUCACGUUUCGCCUCAAAUAUUAUCAACGAAGCCUUCUAAUCUGGAAAACUUUUUUCUUUCAAAACUCGUCUUCCAUCAGUGCACAAUUUUCCAAUUUUCAUAAUGCAAGGUCAACGUUGUGAUGGUUUGCGAUGAAAUUCUAGGUCAAAUAAGACUAACGGAGAACUCCUUUCAAAUAGUGUCAAACCAUCAACGUUUCAAUUGCAACAAAAGCCUUUUUAGUAUUUCUUGUUUUUGUGAAAUAAUAUAUUAAAAAAACUAUUGAAUAUUUAAUUAGCAGAAGAACUGCGGGAUUCAAGUCCAACCGAAAAUAUUCAUUUGGAAAAACUAUACAUAAUUUUUGUUUACGGCAAAUCAAAAAGUUUCGUCAAAUAUAACCUAAAAAAAUAUGUUUGGUAAUUUUCAACUUUUUCACUUUAGUGUUAGACGAAAACCAAACUUUAGCAAUAUUCUUCUAUGUAAAAUCAUAACUUUCCUACACUAAAAGUAAUGUAUAUUCCCAUGCCAACCAUUUGUUUAUUUUAAUAAUUUAAAUGGCCACAGUAAAUUAUCACAUUUACUUCUUUUAAAAAUAAAAAUAUUAUACUUACUGAAUGAACAAUAACAGGUUUAAUGUCUUUAAAUGAAAAAUAAAGUGUUUAUCCUAAUACAGCCUUUAUAUCAAAUUCAAUUUUAAUAGGAUUUAUUAAAAACAUUUAUAGGAUAUAACAUAUACACAGUGUUGAUAUAUAUAUAUAUAUAUAU